UACAUCAGUACGUUUUGUUGGGGAUUGGUAAGGUAAGAUGGCGGCGCCAGAGGAGCAGGAAUUAUCCCAGGCGCAGACUGAAAAACUCCUUCAGUUUCAGGACCUCACGGGCCUGGAGUCUAUGGACCAAUGUCGACGCACGUUAGAACAGCACAAUUGGAAUAUCGAGGCAGCCGUGCAGGACAGACUGAAUGAGCAGGAAGGAGUUCCCAGCGUAUUCAACCCCCCUCCCUCUAGACCUUUACAGGUCAAUACAGCUGACCACAGAGUGUAUAGCUAUAUUGUAUCAAGGCCACAGCCCAGAGGCCUGUUAGGAUGGAGUUACUACUUAAUAAUGCUUCCAUUCAGGUUUACAUAUUACACUCUUCUGGACAUAUUCAGGUUCGCCCUGCGCUUUAUCAGACCGGACCCCAGAGGAAGAGUUACAGACCCAGUAGGAGAUGUGGUCUCAUUUAUUCAUAGUUUUGAAGAGAAGUAUGGCCGAUCACAUCCUGUCUUUUAUCAAGGAACAUACAGCCAGGCACUGAAUGAUGCGAAACGGGAGCUACGUUACUUGCUAGUAUACUUACACGGAGAAGAGCACCAGGACACCGAUGAGUUUUGUCGUUCCACGUUAUGCACGGAAGAGGUCCUGACAUUCAUUAAUACGAGGAUGCUUUUUUGGGCGUGUUCCACCAACAAGCCGGAGGGCUACAGAGUGUCCCAGGCCUUGCGAGAGAACACCUACCCCUUUCUGGCCAUGAUCAUGCUUAAGGAUAGGAAGAUGACCGUGGUGGGCCGGCUAGAGGGGCUCAUCCAACCAGAGGACCUCAUCAACCAGCUCAACUUCAUCAUGGAGGCCAACCAGACCUACCUGAUGUCCGAACGCCUGGAGAGGGAAGAGAGGAACCAGACGCAGGUCUUAAGGCAGCAGCAGGACGAGGCCUACCUGGCUUCACUCCGAGCAGACCAGGAGAAGGACCGCAAGAAGAGAGAGGAGCAAGAGCAGAAGAGGCAGGAGGAGGAGAAGGUUCGCCAGGGCGUGCUGGCAGAGGAGAGGAGGAGACGGACACUCCAGGAGGAGAAGGAGCGCAAGUCUGAAUGUCUCCCCCCAGAGCCUGCCCUGGACGACCCUGACAGUGUUAAAAUAGUGUUCAAACUCCCCAAUGACACGCGGGUAGAGAGGAGGUUCCUCUUCAGCCAGUCACUAACGGUAAUACACGACUUCCUGUUUUCUUUGAAAGAAAGCCCGGAGAAAUUCCAAAUAGUUACAAACUUCCCCCGCCGAGUCCUUCCCUGCCUACCUACGGUGGAGCAGCCCAACCCCCCGACACUCAAGGAGGCCGGCCUCAGUCGGUCAGAAGUCCUAUUUGUGCAAGACCUCACGGACGAUUGACAUCUAGCUUAUCUCCCUGGCUCGUGAAAAAGCUUCUUUUUUUUUUUUUUUUCUUUUGUAUUUUAUUUUGUCGAAUGACCAUUGUGCACAAGGGAUCACUAAAAUUAACCUCUGGAAAAUAUUUCAAGCCCCUGUCCCACUGUCCCUCCUCCCAAUACCCGACUCAGACUGAUUUGGUUUUUGUUGAAGGAGAGCAACGUGAACUGCCCUGUAAAUACAAUACCAAGAUAUUUAAGAACACGCCUGAAAUUCACUAUACUUUAACUUUUUUUAAAAAAAAAUGCGAAGUUGACCAUAUAAUGUACGAAACGACCAAAAGCAGUUUGAGGGGUUGAAAAACUAAUGGGCUACUUGCACCUCUUAACUGACUGAGAUCAAAAACUAGGGACACAGCUUUUACAUGUGCCCCUGUCUAUAUAGUAUAGUACAAGUGUGCCCAUAGUGUGCCUGUGGUAAUUCAUAGAUGCCUAUUUUGCCCUUCUACCAUCUGAAUGGGCCGGUCAUGUAAAGAUGUAAUUUUCCAACUAUAUAAAUUAAACAUUUUAAAAUGUU